UCGAUUAAAGUCCAUCUGAGUGAAAAUGUCAGGAAGAGGAAAGGGCGGCAAAGGGUUGGGGAAAGGCGGAGCGAAGCGGCACAGGAAGGUGUUGCGCGACAACAUCCAGGGCAUCACCAAGCCGGCGAUCCGGCGCCUGGCCCGGCGUGGCGGCGUCAAGCGCAUAAGCGGUCUCAUCUACGAGGAGACCCGCGGCGUGCUUAAGAUAUUUUUGGAAAACGUCAUCCGUGACGCCGUCACCUACACCGAGCACGCCCGCCGCAAGACCGUCACCGCCAUGGACGUCGUCUAUGCGCUCAAGAGGCAGGGCCGCACGCUCUACGGCUUCGGAGGCUAAUAACUCUUUUGUUUCAGAUCUAAUUCUCAAUUGGAUAAUAGAAUUUCUAAGCUUUUCAAGGAUUAUGGUUCAAUUCAAUCUAGACGCUUAUGGGCUUUUCACAUUGCAGGAGCAGCUUUGUUUAGUUUUAUAUGCUUCUUCUCAAUUCGAUUUCUUCCAUCUCAAUUCAACUAGAAAUUAAAAAAUUUCGAUGGAAGAGAUGAAUCCAACACAAACAUUUUGACAA